AUGUCGAUCCUCCUCCGAAGGGGCGGUCAACAUCUGCGCCCUUCGCUCCUACAUCGAGUGCCACUCGGUACUCCCGUCGGCAGCGGCUUCGCCUUCGUCGGCGGUCGACGCGCGCAACUGCAUGUCCGACCCGUUUCGAUCCUUUCCGGUUUGGGCAAACUGGCGGGUAGGACGGCGGGGAGAGGCGUGGUGGGUUUGGGCGUCGGGGUGGGCGGCUUGACGUGGGCCGAAUGGAAGGUAGAUGGUCAGUCUUCCGAGAAUGUGGUGCCGCGAUGACGCGCGUCGGUUUCCCGAACCCAAGCCGGGCCGGCAGCUCAGAAGCGGGGGAGGGAGAGGGCUACUUGCGACAAGCGAAACCUGGCGCCGCAAUGACAACAUCCUUUCGAGAUGAUCGUCCUAACGUGCAUAAUCGCUCGGGUCAUUCACAGGAUUCAAGAACAACGUCACGGACCUGCUCUCUGACGUCAACGGCCGACUCGGUUCCGCCUACGACAGCUUCUCCACCACCGCGAACGAGACCCUCGAGAGCUUGGCCCACAACACCAAAGAAGGGUACACCACAAUAUCAGGUACCGCAGCUGGGCUAUGGGCAUCGACCGCGCUGGGUGCAGAAGCUCGGUUCAAUGCGCUCAAGGAGAGGUUCGGGGAAGCCUUCCCCGAGUCAGAGCCAGAUUCGAGUGAACCCGAACCAGAGCCAUCACCGCGACCCAAACCGGACACCGAACCUUUCAGUGUAGCAGCAGCGACCCUGGCUGCAGCGACACCGCUCGUCGUCGAUGCCGAGGAAGACAACCCCAUCAAGAAUGGCGACGAUGCGACCGGCGACCUCAUGCUGUUGACAAGACGCCUCAUCGAGAUUCGAUCCAUCUUGCUCAGCAUCGGAGAAGACGAGGCUUUGACCUUGCCGAGUAUUGUGGUCAUUGGGAGUCAGAGCAGUGGCAAGAGUAGUGUGCUCGAAGCGAUCGUCGGGAGAGAAUUCUUGCCCAAGUCAGUCCAUCCUCGCCUCCAUGGGCAGCUUCAACUUUCUCACCUCUUUCAAUUCUGCGCACAGAGGAGACAACAUGGUCACACGGAGACCCAUUGAGCUCACCUUGAUUCACACCGCACCCUCACCCUCGGAUCCGAACCCCAAGACCUUUGCCGAGUUCCCCUCGCUCGGUCCCGGCCACAUCACCGACUUUUCACUCGUGCAGCGAACCCUCGUCGAUCUCAACCUUUCCGUUCCAGCAUCGGAAUGCGUAUCCGAUUCGCCCAUCCAUCUCCGAAUCCAUUCCCCCAACGUACCCGACUUAUCCCUCGUCGAUCUACCGGGCUACGUCCAGAUCAGCUCGAUGGACCAACCCGAGGAACUCAAAGAAAAGAUCCACAAGCUGUGCGACAAGUACAUCCGUUCACCCAACAUCAUCCUCGCCGUCUGUGCGGCCGACGUAGACCUUGCCAACUCGCCGGCGUUGAGGGCGAGUAAGAAGGUCGACCCUUUGGGGAUGAGGACCAUCGGGGUCGUGACCAAGAUGGAUCUCGUUGCUCCGGAGGCUGGAGCGGCGAUCUUGUCCGAUAAUCACUACCCUUUGGCGUUGGGUUACGUCGGUGUCGUAUGCAAAGCCGCUUCGUCGAAAGGACGAGAAACACGCUUGAUCAAACGUCAGGCCGACGACGAUAGCCUCGUCAUGACCAUCAAAACGCAAGAAGAGGCCUUCUUCGGUGGGAACGCCGAAAUUUUCUCCCGCGAAGGGAUCCACGUCGGAACGACGACGUUGAAACGACGCUUGAUGCACGUUCUCGAAGAAUCGAUGGCCUCGUCCUUGCACACGAUCUCGAACGCGGUCGCGAUCGAAUUGGAAGAAGCGAGUUACCAAUUCAAAGUCCAAUACAACGAUCGAUCCAUUUCCGCCGAAUCCUACGUCGCCGAAACGAUGGACCAUCUCAAAGCGCGCAUUCACGAACUCGGUAAAGGGUUCAACAAGGCCGAAGUGAGGAGAAUGCUCAAGCAUGCUUUGGAUGAGCAGAUUUUGGAUUUGUUGGCGCAACAGUAUUGGUCCGAUCCGAAAGUGGCCGAGUUGGGCAAGUUGGGGGACAAUUCACGAUUGGGUCCGGAGGGAUUGGAUACGUAUUGGACGAGGAAAUUGGAUGCGAUCUCAUCGGCGUUGACUAAAUCGGGAGUCGGCAGGGCCUCGACUCAACUCGUCGUCGAUUCAAUUCGAUCACGCCUUGCCUUACUGUCCAAUGAGGAACCUUUAUCCUAUCACCCUGAAGCGGCUUCGAGGGUUCACGCGACCGCGGACGCGCUGUUACGUGAACGCUUCGCGUUGACUUCCGAUCAAGUGGAGAACAGCGUCAAGCCGUUCAAAUACGAAGUCGAAGUUGAACCCAAGGAAUGGGAGGAUGGUCGACUACGCGCCAACGAGUUGUUACACCGCGAAUUGGGGAUGUGUGAAGGCGCGUUGAACAAGAUCAAGGAAGCUGUUGGGGGGAGGAAGCUGAAAGGCGCCAUGGACUACGUUGCGGAAUUGGAGGAGAGGGAAAGGAGAAGAAGGGAGAGGAGGAGGGAGGCUAGAGCGGAAGGGGAAGAGUUCGCUGAAGAGAAUGAUUCGGAUCCGAAUCGACCGGCUUAUAAUCCUGCUUUGUUGGCCAAAGGUGCGCUUGCUCUCAUUCAUGACACAGGGGUGGGGAGGGGAACAUUCACUUACUGGAUGAAGGGGAUCUCUGCACAGCUCGCGAAGCGCGUUUCUUGACCGCGCGUAGCUCGAUCCUCAAACUUCGUUUAGCGGCGCUCAAGUCAAAGAGAUGUCGCAAGGGGCCUGAGAGCGAGGCCUUUUGCCCCGAAGCGUUCCUCAACAUCGUCGCGGACAAGUUGUCGCAUACCGCCGUCCAAUUCAUCAAUGUGCGUUCGUCACUAAACCUCAAGGUUUCUUUUUGGGUCAAGACUCCAGACUGACCUUGGUGCGCUGGUGAGAUGCAGAUCGAAUUGCUCGUCGAAUUCUUCUACCAAUUCCCUCGGGAGAUCGAUACGAGGUUGGGCUACGACCUCGAUCGAUCGGAGGUGCAGUCCUUCGCGAAGGAGAAUCCGGUGAUCAGGAAGCAUUUGGCGUUGCAGGAGAGGAAGGCGAAACUUGAAUUGGUCAGUUGACAAUGGUCCCUCACAGCCUCGUACAAGAGGUCUCAUGGCAUUGCGAAGCUGAUGCGAACAUCUUCGUUGAUUAGGUCGCGGACAAAUUGGACAGUUUGGUCAAACUGCAACGCGAGAAGGCGGCGGCGAAUGCAGGACCGGCACACCGAAGGGAUCCGGCUCGAAGAGGUCUCUUUGGAAUGUUCUAG